AUGGAUGGCACAGUAAGUUGCAUGGUUCACGGAACCGGACAAGAGCCUGGGAGAUGCUCAUCGUCGGGCUCAUUCAAUUGCAUCAAGUCCAACAUCAUUGACCUCAGUCCGGGGACUGGCAUUCGAUCCUCGGACUCUGUGUGGUCCUCCGACUCGGCGUCUCAGCUGCUUAUUGGCCAAAGUUCUUCAUCCGGACUCUUCGCCGUUCAAUCAGACGCAAAAACGCCUGAAAAGCCCUACUUCGAUGGACAGAAGGCUGGACUGCAGAAUACCACACCACCUUAG